CUAACCAUCAUCUCCUACAUCGUAUAUACCUCUCGUCACCUCACAUCGCAUUUCAUUAUAUUUUUGUUCCUAAGAAUUUUUCCUAACUGUUAUCGCCUGCAUCGCAUAGAUAAUAUUCAUUUGAGUACUACUCCCCCAACCCCAAUACAUGUCCAGUAAGUCUAAUAAAAGUAUUCCAACAUAUUCUAAUAAAAGUAUUCCAACAUCCUCUCAAUAUCAGUUCGUUCUCGUAUUUCAUAUAGUCAAAUACAAACGCUUUCCUGAGCAUUCACGCAUGACGAACUGCUGCUGAUCUUCAUCAACUCUUUCUUGUGGCAAUAGCGAUUGAAUCUAUUUCAAGGAUUAUCAAGAGCUCACGUAUCCAAACAAUUGUUUAGUUUUGGAAACACCCAGUCUGAAUUCUCUGAUUAAUCGGUAGAAAGCUAGAAGGAGAUUACUCAUUUUUGGUGUAUGCAAUGGAUCAAUUUGAUAACCUCUACAAGGAGCGCAUUUCUGCACUUCUUAGAGUAAUGUAUGCCACUAAAUAUGUUAAAGAUGAUAAUGUUCCAGCUCUUAUUGAAGAGGGUCUCUAUUUGGGUUCUAUUGGAGCUGCUAAUAACAAGAGCCUUUUGAAAAGCUCGAAUGUUACACACAUUUUAACUGUUGCCAAUUCACUACCUCCUACAUACCCUAAUGAUUUCACCUACAAAAUUGUUGAUGUUCCCGAUAGAGAACAUGUAAAUAUUGCAGAGUUCUUCGAUGAGUGUUUUAGUUUCAUUGAAGAAGCUAAAAGAACAGGUGGCGUAUUAGUCCAUUGCUUUGUGGGAAGAUCCAGAAGUGUUACUAUUGUUGUGGCAUAUCUGAUGAAAAAACAUGGCAUGAGUGUAUCCGAAGCUUUACAACGUGUGAAAAGUAAACGAAGUGUGGCUUCUCCAAACUCUGGAUUUAUGUCACAGUUGCACAACUAUGAGAAAUCUCUUCGAGGAGUUUAAGUGUUAAGGUGAAAAUGUGAUACGACAAGUUCAUACGUGUAUUUCCAUAGUGGAAAAAAUAGGUACAAAUUUGAUCUUUAUUUCUGUUAAUAUUAUCAAAUGAAGAUUAGCGUACAUAUUUUACAUUAAUAAUACUAUAAGGGGCGAAAGUAAACAUUCUUUCAAAUUUGAAAACAAUAUUAACCCUUGAAAAAGGUAAAAUUUGUAAAAGCUUUCGCUUUUGUGUAUUGUGUAAUUUGCAAACAGAUUGAAGUAAUUUGUCAUGAUUUAUUCCAAAUUGUAAAUGUUGUGUGGAUGUAUUUGUAUUAGUGAUUUUGUUUAGAAAAAAUUGUUUGAACCUUUUUUAUUGGAAUUAAAA